AGGUGGAGGAAUAGUCAGAGGGAUGUGUGUGUAUAUAUAGAAGCCUUCAGUAGAGUCUUCGCCUGAGUCUUCCUAAACGAGUCAAGAUGAAGGUGAUGGUGAUGAUAAUAGCCGGCCUCCUGGGACUGGCCUCCGUGAUGAUGGGAGAUGCCAACGCCUCGGAAGCAGUAGAGGAGAACAAGAGGAGCCAGGAGACCAGUAAGGUGACGGAGGAGGCCGGGGAGAAGAGCCAUCAUCAUUUACCCAGGAGACACGGGAGGAUCUUAGCAUUCUCCACCACCACCUCCAGGCUGCAGUUGGCCACCACCACCAUUACGGCUGUGUCCACCUGCGUGUCAACAUUAGCUGCCCCCCCUCCCUGUGUUGGCCGCAAGAAACGAUUGCUUUACGAGGAACUCGAUGAUAUGAGCAUCAUCGAGGAGGAUUUGGAGAUGAAACGCCUACUGGAGGGGAGUCAGGUGGAAGACGAAGAUGUGGAGGUGGAGCCACAUAGGAGCAAACGUGAAGUGAUUAAUAGAAAUGGUAAAAGACUCACCAUCUGGUCUACAGUGUUAAGUACCCUUACACUCACCUCCACCUCUUACUUAGCCGGCUCCACCGUCAUCAUCAGCGCCCUCUGUGCUGCUCCAGGUAUCUCACAAGGCUGCUUCGGCAAGUAGUGUGUUGAAGAUCUCUAGCAAUACUCAGGCGUCGUCGAGGUCCCCAACCCACAACUUGGAACAUGAUAAAUACAUCUUAAGUGUGUCAGUUACUUUGUAUAUAACUGAUUAUUCUGUAUUAUUUGUUUGGACUCAUUUACCGUGUACAUAAACCAUCAGAUUAAUAAAAUCUAAGUAUCUA